AUGGGUGCGGAUAUCAGAGUUGUGCUAGCAGUGGGACGUUUAGCGGUAUUAAGUUUUCUUCACACGAGACAGCCUAUAUCUUUAUCGGAAGGAGUGAAGCGAAAGUGGGCGGCUUCUGUUGAUAAAGAAAAAUUUUCAGUACUUUUUUUCUGGGAAAACUUUGACAAUCAGAUAAGCGCGGACCCCUUCGCGACAUUUUCACUGGUCUCACAAUGGGCCGAGAGGCACGGGUGUUGGGUCUCGUCGUCUCAAUGGCCCCACUUUUCCUCGGGGAAAAAAAAAAAGUGCUUUGUGAAUAGGGCUAGGUGCGUGAUGAGUCGGCAUUUGUUUGCAGAUAAGAGAAGCAAGGCUGAGCUGGCGAUGGAAUUGAGAGAUGUCUCUUAUACGCAAUGUCGCGCACCAAAAAAAAAAAAAAAAAAUGUCGUGCAAGCAGAAGAAGUCACACCGGAUAAGAUAAACGGCUGCUGA